AUGGCCGGUUGUGGCAAAAUAUUUAUGCGGGGUAAAGAUAGGGUGGCUGGUCUAUUGAGUGUAGAACGUAAAAGGAUGGAAGAUAUGUUGAUUUCGAGUGCUCUGGUGGUGGGAGUUAUUUUGGGGGUUUAUGGUAACUUGGAAGUUGAUGAUCGGUGCUGGUUGGGAGUGAGUUGGCUUGUACAGAUGAAGAAGUUUUGGUAUAUCACCCACUUUUCGUUGUUAUUGGCGACUAUUGGUAUGGGUUUUGGUGCUUGUUGUCGGUUGAGACGAUUGGCUGGUUGGCCGGUUAGUUGCUGGAUGGAAGAGUGGCAUUUGUUGUUGGUGUCGGUGCUGCUGCCGGUUGAAGUGGUGGUGGCCGGCUUGUUUUGGCCGGUAUGGUGGUACGAUCCGCACUUGGUCUUUUCACGUCGAAGCUUGGUUGGGUGCCAUGCUCCGGGUGUGCUCUAUAAUGUAUGUACGCAUGGAUUACCUGUUUUGUUUCUAGGAUUGGACUACUUGUUCUUGGAGGUAAGUAAGGAGAAGCGGUAUCGGUGGGAAUUGGCGGGGUAUGCGGGAUUGGUGGCUGUUUUGUGUGUUGGACAUCGAGUGGUUUAUGGGUAUUGGCGGUACAGAAUACUUAAGGUUUUGCCGGGUUGGGGUUUGCCUUUAGGUGGCUUAGUAUUGGGUGGAGUGUUGCUGGGUGUGCAUGAAGGAUGUGCCAGAAUAAGGAGUCGGUAUUUUCGGUACUGGGUGAGACGGAGGGAGAUAAUGAAGGAGAUUCUGCUUUGGAAUGCUAACCCAAUAGGAUUAAGUAAAGAGUGUAUGGGGUGA